UAAUAUCGUCGUGUUAAAGACGAGCUGCAGCUAUAUAGCAGCUAUAAGUCGCUGAUCUAAUCUAGAUUUUGUGAGAAAGCAAAACAAAUGAAGCCAAGUGAAAACGCCGAAAAAUUAUGAAUUCCAUUUUAUUGAGAUUUAUUUAAGCUCAUAUCUUUCGCUCACUGAAAUGUUUGAGGACUCAAGCGAACGGUGAAAACCCCAAUAAAAGAUAAGCCUUUAACAAGCGACAAACGGCCAGGCAGCUUGAUAAACACUGUGCCAACAAGACGCAGCAGCAGUGUCAACAAAGUGUGUUCAUUCAGUCGGAUAGACGCAGUCACAGUGAAGUGUCUAAGUUAAGAUCACGCGUAAUUCGGGCACAACAUGCCACUCGAUCCGCAAGCGGUGAUGCGUGCGGUUGCUCUACGGCAUCAACUGGCGACAAAGCGCAUCGAUUGCAGUUACUAAAAACCCUAAGUCAAGCCCAAGACCAAGUGGCAGCCCCAGCUAAUUGCUCGUGAAAGUUUUUCUCAAAAUUAAGAAUUAUUGUGCAUAUCAAUUAUUGUGAGCGUGUGUGUGGGUGUGUGCCUCAGCCGGAAGAAUCCAAUGUGCUACUAAAAAAUAUAAGUAAAAAAAUCAAGACAUCAAAAAGUAUUCAAAAACAACCACAACAAAAUGGUACAAAGCGAGGAGCGCAAGCUGGAGGAGCACGUCGAGGGACGUGUCACAGCGCGCAGUGAUGAGCUGCCGGAGGAAACGACAGCUGCCGCAGCACCCGAGGAGCUCCACAAGCUGCUUAACAAUGGCAAUGCACACGAAACGACGGACAACAACAGCAAAGAUGCCCAGGCACGCAUCAAGGCCAAAUUAAAGCGCGAAAAGUCCGAGCAGGAUCGCCUCAUGACCGAGGAGAUAAAUAAGCUGCUCCACGAUAUGCCGCUGGAAAAGAAUGUGACCUGUGGUUUUUGGAUCUUUCGUGGCGAUUUCUUUCAGCGCUUUGCCAAUCAAACUGCGUACGUCUUGCUCUAUGGCAUCGUCGGCUGCAUUUUCUCGAUGACGUAUGCCUACUUCAAUGGCACCAUUACCACCAUUGAGAAACGCUUCAAGAUACCCUCGAAAAACACGGGCAUCAUUUCGGUGGGCAAUGAUAUUAGCCAGACUUUGGUCUCUGCUGUUCUGGCCUAUUAUGCGGGCAAGGGUCACAGGCCACGCUGGAUAGGAUUUGGUCUAUUGACUAUCGUUGUCUUCUGUCUGAUGACCACCUCGCCGCACUUUCUUUAUGGUCCUGGCGAGGAUGCCUUGGCCUUGACCAAAGAAUUCGGCGCCCUGCCCGAUGAGAAUGCCACGCUGGAGGCCAUUGAGGAGCAGCGAUCGAAGACUCUGUGUCGCCUCACGGGCGGUGGAGCCGAGUGCGAAGUGGGCGAAGGAAAUUUCGCACCCCAAGUUCUGCUCUUUGUCGCCCAAUUCAUAUCUGGCAUCGGUGGCUCCCUAUACUACACACUCGGCGUCUCCUAUAUGGAUGACAAUACCAAAAAAUCCAAGACUCCAGCCUUGCUCAGUCUCUCGUACUUUUUGCGUAUGCUGGGCCCUGCGAUUGGCUAUGCUUUGGCAUCCUUUUGUCUGCGCUUGUAUAUCGCACCGCAACUGCAUCCGGUUAUCAAUAACAAGGAUCCACGCUGGCUGGGCGCCUGGUGGUUGGGCUGGUUAGUCAUGGGCGGGCUGCUAUCGUGCUCGGGCAUCUUUUUAUCGAUGUUUCCCAAAGAGCUGCCCCGUGCCGCCGCCAGACGCAUGGUGGAGGAAAAACGUCGACGCGAACGUCAUUCGCUCAAGCAAAAGGAGAGCACAGAAAAGGAGCAGCUCACAGCCGAUCUGGAAACCAGAGCUGAACAGUCGACAGCAGAGCCACAGGCUUCAUUCAAGGACAUGCUGGUCACGUUCAAGCGCCUGACCACUAACAAGACAUACAUGUGCAACACGCUGUCGAACAUCUUCUAUCUGAUUGGGUACACGCCGUUCUGGAUAUUUACGCCCAAAUAUAUCGAGGUGCAGUACAAGCAGUCGGCAGCCACCUCCAGCAUGGUCACGGGCACUGUGGCUCUAGCCUUCUCCGCCAUUGGCGUGCUGCUCUCGGGCUUCAUCAUAUCCAGAUACAAGCCGAAGGCUCGCUAUAUGGCCGCCUGGAAUGUGAUUUGUGCCGUUCUGGUUGUCGCCGGCGUUGUGACCUAUGCCUUCAUUGGCUGUCCCGACAACGAACGUUCGGUCAUUGUGAAUAUUCACAAUAGCGCCGUCAAUGACAGCGUCACCUGCAAUUCGGCCUGCGCCUGUGACUAUGUGCGCUACUCCCCGGUCUGUGGCGAGAAUAAUAUGACCUAUAUAUCCGCCUGUCAUGCCGGCUGCAAGAUGGAGCAUGUACGAUCCGAUGGCAGAAAGGUAUUCUAUGACUGCUCCUGCAUACCAGGCGCAAGGAAUAGCACCUUUAAUCGCCUCACUGCGCUCGAUUUGGCCAAUGAAGCCAACAGCAGAGAUCCAACGGGUAAAGCGCUGGAUACUUCGUCUUCUAUGGCAUAUCUGGAGCUACUCGCCGCUGGCCAGGCCACGCCAGGCGCAUGUCCUGUCAACUGUUGGACACAGUUCGUCGCGUUUCUCUCAGUGAUGUGCUUUCUGAAAUUCAUUGGCGCUGCGGGCAGAGCAUCCAAUUUCCUUGUAUCUGUGCGAUGUGUUCCGGAGAAGGAUAAGACGGCAGCCAUGGGCUUUGGCAUGAUGCUGUGCUCAAUGUUUGCCUUCAUACCGGGACCCAUAUUCUUUGGCUGGAUCUUUGAUCGCAUGUGCCUGGUGUGGGGCAAGACGUGCACGAACAAGGGCAACUGCUGGCUCUACGACCCAGAGUCCAUGAGAUAUACGCUCAACUUUACGGCAGCUAUUUUCAUUAGCCUGGGCGCUGUCUUCGACUUUGGUGUCUGGUAUUAUGUGAAAGAUCUUAAGAUAUUCGACGAGGAGAUCAAAGAAGUCGAAAUGCAAAUAGUGCAGCACGAGGAGGAGGUCAAUGCUGAAAAGAAUACCGAAAUAUAAGUUACUAGAAUAAAUUAUAAAAAAAACUAAAAACAAAAAAAAUAUAUAUAUAUAUUUAAUAAGAUAAUGUUAUCUUUAAGUUAAAGAUUGUGAGUGAUUUUGGUGCCUAAAUGCGAGGUUUUAAUGAUGCGAGUCUGUCGGUAUAAUAAACUGUAUUAUGACGGUUAAGAUCGUGUGAUAAAUGCAACCGUCAAGGCUCUCAUUUUACUAUACUAAGACAUACGUACAGUGCUCACACGUUAAGAAGAACCGUUAACAGAUUCCAAAGAAUUCUUUAUAAAAAUCCAAUAAAUUUAUAUAG